CCACGCCUCGCUCUCUUCCGCUCGGGCGCGCGCGCGUGGAGAAAGAAAAGCGGAUCGGGUAAAGAACGAGAAGAGGAGAAAUCGAGGAGGAGGGGGAGAGAAAGAAAGGAAAAGAGGAGAUGCGACACUGACAGUGCGUAGUGGAUGUUUUGGGGUUCAAUGGAUGCGGAUUCUCUCGAAGAUUUGAAGAUCAUGAACUAAGCUAGCACGAGGGAGCCGCGGCACGGUGGUGGGGCAAAAGUAAAGAUGUUAGACGCUGGUGCUGUGAUCUCAGAUUUCUUCUUCAAAUGGGGUCAAGAGAAAUACAUCUUGCUUCGCUUCCGAGUCAUAGUGCCAACCCUCAUUGUUGUGUGCCCGUUGGUGCAGUUUGGCUUAAUAGAUGACUUAAACAAUACUAUCGAUCCGGCCAUGAAGAGCUUCUUGUAUGCUGUGUCUGAUGGCAUACUGAUGUAUGUUCUAGGGGCCAUGCAAGCCUCUCCUGUAAAAUAUGCGCUGUUUCCAGUGUGGGCUCUUGCUCUAGUCGGCUUCCGUUCUAUCUUGGUAGGCCUCCACGGGAAGUACGACAUGCAGGCGGAGCUGGGAAAUGUGGCCAAACUUUUGAUCGUGGCGUAUAUGAAUGUAACACACGGCUGCGAGAUUGGGCGUGUCCCUUUCUGGAUCUACUGGAGCAUUUUGGUCGUCAAGUGCAUGUACAGGAUUGUGAUACGCCAUCAAGCAUCCAAGACCUUAUGGCAUAGCCGGAGUUCAGAGCUUCUUCAGGCGUACAUGGGUCCCAACCAGCCCCAGAGCAACUUUGUUGACAACAAUUCAAGCCCAAAUGGCGCCAUGGAAGGGUGCAAAUACUUGGUCUUUGGAGAGUCAGAGCAAGAACAAUGCUCCUGCAGAAUUAGCCCUACGAGACAUGUAAAUAUUAAUAAAUUGAGGUCUCUAGUUACAUUACAAAACAUUUGUCAAUGCCUUAAGGAGGACAACAUCGUGAAGAAGCAAGCUGAAGUAUUGAAGGAUGUGUGCCUGUCCUUUGCAUUGUCUCGGUUACUACGGUGUAGGCUGGAAGGAGCAAGAUUACAUGCAGGCAUAGAUUCCAUUAACCGGAAGCUACUGAUUGGCAGUUAUAAGGAACGUCUCGACCGACUAUUCAAAGUCCUGUAUAGGGAUGUUAAGUUUUUCAAGGACUGCCUCUUCAGCAAUUACCCGAUGAUCUUCUCGGAAGGGUUUCUCUCACUCAGGUUUGCUUUUGCGCAGCUUAUGAUCAAGUUACCUGUGGGCUUAUGGCUUUCCAGUGAUCUCUUUUGGGCAGCAAGGCACCUGUCCCAAAACAGGCAUAAUUUAUCUGCUACCGAUCUGAACAUCGCUGGGGCUGCCAUCCUCAUCGUAGUAAAUGUGGAUGAUUAUGGAAUGGGCAUCAACUUUGUAAACUGGACGAGCUUGUCUGCUGUGUGCUGGUUGGUUCAUUGCAGAAACAGGAGAAAGAGAUUGAGGCUUGUUAGGUGGUUUCUUGGUAGGUUAAAUUCGCAAGAGGUGAGAGGUGGUGCAUUUAGAGGCCCUCUUGAUAAGUUAAUAAAUUCGCAAGAGGUGAGAAGUGGUGGAUGUAGAGGCCAGUAUGCCUUCCUGCAAUCAUACAAAUACAGUGCGUGGAAGCGUAGGCUGUUGCACUCACUUACUAUGGGAAUGAUCGCAAGUAAGGACGAUGGCACAAACUUUGCCACCUCCCUGACUACGCCUGAGAAAGUACGUACUACCGUACUCUCUCAAGAACUCCAAGGACUAGAUCUACACCACGAUUUUUCUAGCAGCGUCGACGACAACCAUUCCCUACCAAGAGACUUCUUUGCAACAGUGCAGCACGACGCCAACAAACCAGCAGAAGCGGAGGAGCAGUACUGGUCCGAGAUCAUCCAAAGUGGGGCACCCAGAUGCUCCCAUGUUAUUCUGAUCUGGCACAUUGCAACAAGCUUAUGUGAGAUCAAGCUUGCCCAAGAACAUGAUCAUUGCAAUGGCAGCCCUGGAUUCCUGCACUCUGCCUUGUCAUGCUAUCGCCGUAGGCGCAAUCCUUACAGAGGAUACCUUGUGGAUAAGUUGCUGGAUGGUGACCUAUGGGAGACCUACAUGGUAGCGAAUUGGUUGUCGCGGUACUGUGCGUACCUGCUGGUCGCAAAGCCUGACCUGCUGCCCGGGAGCAUUUGGGUUAUCAAGAAGGACUUCCAACAAACAAUUCAGUGUGCUCGUCAGAUGCUCCAUGGUUGUACCUCACUCAAGAGCAUCUAUGACAAGCUCAUCGCGACAAUACCAUCCCAGUUGGAGGAGGCGUAUCUUCCAGGCACAGAAGAGGAGGGUAGCCAGAUAUUGCGAGAAGGUGCAAGGCUAGCCAAGAAGCUCCACGAUGAAGACAAAAAGAAGCAGUGGGAGAUCCUAGCCAAGGUGUGGGCUCGCUUGCUUGUGCAUCUUUCACCUAGCUCCGAUGCACAAGUCCAUGCCAAGCAUCUCAGGUCCAACAUGGAGUUUAUCACCAUCAUCUGGGCACUCUUCUCACACUGUGGCAUCGACAAGAGUGAAUUGUGGGAUUAUGUGUCAAAACAUCCAAGCAAGAUGCCCACCUUGACAACAUCCGUCCAGAUAGUGAUGGAGAAAUACAAGAAACUAGUGGAGCAUCCGAGCAAGACGCCCACAUUACGAACAUCCGCCUCCGGUCCACCUGCCACCAACCCACUGGCGGUGACCUUGAGGAUGGUGGUGGAGAAAUUCAGGAAAUGAACCAUGGUAACUAGUCGUCCUACUCCCUCUGCCACAUCCUCAAACUCCCCUGGUGCAUAAGCUCUGAUCCCACUAAGCUUUCAGCAAUAAACUUUUUUUUUCGAGAAGUUUUGGGUAACACUUUCAUCCCAUAUUUCAUUUCAUUCAGACAAUUUGUGUUUGUCUUACUGUGACGAGUGAAAGUGUGGUUGCUGCUUGAAGAACAUGGUGUGUGAUUGUAGUGAACUGAACUAUAUUGUUGUGUGUGGAUUGCUAUUGAAUCCAUUACUGUGAGUUCAAAACCCUUUGGAUUUGAAUAAUAAUGGUAUGCACGAUAUUAGUUUCUUGGUAUA